GUUGUUUCUUGUUUGUGGUAGUUAAGCGGCUCAAAAGAAAAUGGAAAGGAAAAAAAAUGAAGCAAAAUCAAUGCAAAGCCACCUUCUUUUUUGCUCUAUCAAUAUCAUCGCCCAAAGCUUUGUUCACUGUCUAAAUUAGAUAGGUGGCGGACUUUCCAACUCAUUUCAAAACCAAAACAAACAAAACCCUCUCUUUUUUAGCUCCUUCUCUUCACUAAGAACCCAAAUCUCUCUCAAUUUCCUUGUAUCUAUUAAAACCGUAUGUUCUUGUUUGGGAAAUAGAGUUGGAGAGAGAGAGAGAGAUCGUCAUGGCUGGUAUUGCUAGUCCUUGUUAUUCUGGUGUGCUGUUUAGAGCAAGAGAAGCAGGAGGAAGCAUUAAUGGAGCUUCCAUGGCACAGUUUGAUGGCCUUAGGCAAGUGGAGAGCAUGCAUAUGCCUGUAAAUGGCAACAAGUCAAAUGGGUUUGCUUUUACUUCAGCACCAAAAUGCAGGACAAUCAAGGCCAUGGCAUCUCCAACUGUUUCUGCUCCGAAACGAGAAAAAGAUCCCAAGAAACGAACUGUAAUAACAGGAAUGGGUCUAGUCUCAGUUUUUGGAAGUGACAUUGAUACAUUUUACAACAACCUCCUGGAGGGAGAGAGUGGGAUUACUCUGAUAGAUAGAUUUGAUGCUUCAAACUUCUCAGUUCGAUUCGCGGGACAGAUACGUGAUUUCUCUUCUAAAGGAUACAUUGAUGGGAAGAAUGAUCGCCGUCUUGAUGAUUGCUGGAGAUACGGUAUAGUUGCUGGCAAAAAGGCUCUUGAAGAUGCCAGCCUUGGACCUCAAGUCCUUGAAACUAUGGACAGAACAAGGAUUGGAGUGAUUGUGGGGACUGGCAUGGGAGGCUUAACUGCUUUUAGUGCUGGAGUGGAAUCUCUUAUUCAAAAGGGAUACAAAAAGAUUAGUCCAUUUUUCAUUCCUUACUCCAUUACCAAUAUGGGGUCAGCUUUGUUAGCGAUCGACACUGGCUUAAUGGGACCCAAUUACUCCAUCUCUACUGCUUGUGCCACUGCAAACUACUGCUUUUAUGCAGCUGCAAAUCACAUUCGAAGAGGUGAAGCAGAUAUUAUGGUAGUUGGUGGGACUGAGGCUGCAGUCAUGCCUACUGGUGUUGGUGGUUUCAUUGCUUGCCGGGCUUUGUCUCAGAGAAAUGAUGAACCACACAGAGCUUCCAGGCCAUGGGACAAAGAUCGUGAUGGUUUUGUUAUGGGUGAAGGUGCUGGUGUACUGGUAAUGGAGAGCUUGGAAAGCGCAUUGAACAGAGGAGCACCGAUAAUUGCAGAGUACUUAGGAGGUGCCGUAACGUGUGAUGCUCAUCACAUGACAGAUCCUAGGUCAGAUGGUCUUGGAGUAUCAUCUUGCAUAACCAAGAGUUUAGAAGAUGCUGGUGUUUCCCCUGAAGAGGUGAACUAUGUGAAUGCUCAUGCAACAUCCACACUAGCAGGGGAUUUGGCUGAGUUUAGUGCAAUCAAAAAGGUUUUCAAGGACACAUCUGAGAUCAAGAUUAAUGGGACCAAGUCAAUGAUUGGACAUGGUCUUGGGGCUGCUGGUGGAUUGGAAGCCAUUGCAACCAUUAAAGCCAUCAACACUGGCUGGCUCCACCCAACAAUUAACCAAGAUAACUUGGAGCCUGCUGUUACAAUCGACACCGUCCCCAACGUGAAGAAGCAACAUGAGGUUAAUGUUGCUAUCUCAAACUCAUUUGGCUUUGGCGGGCACAAUUCCGUGGUUGUGUUUGCCCCUUUCAGUCCCUAAACAACAACAUUCAAGCCAAGAAGAAAAGCUUUACCUUCCCCUAAUCUUUCUCGAAUUAGAACCAUUUGCUUCUGUGAGUGUUUCCACUUCUCUGAAGCAUACAAGAGGCUAUGAGUAUGAGAAUGAAGUGCACUGUGGAGAGUGCUCAAGCCCAUGAAGCGCUUUUCACCAUGUACAAUUUUAUCUCAUCAUGAUCCUUGAUGAGGCAGGAUUUAGAGUUUUUAAUUUUCUUUUCCAUUGAAUAAAAACAUGAAAUCCACUUUCUUUGUGCUGUUCUUGCCCAACAGUUGGGUCUGUUUUCUGAUUUUUCCUGUUUGUAAUGCAAAUGAAUUAUUGAGGGAGUUCAAAACAUAAAUGGCCUAAUUGUAGAAACAAUUCUGGGCUUAAAUAAAACAUUCAUUUCAAUUCAA